AUCCACUCCACGCACGUCAGAUGCGUCAUCUGAGGAGGGGGAGGGCUGGGGCAAAGGAGGGGCAUCCUGACCUGGACCUGCCAGCUCCGUCAGCCCUGACUCGGCCAGGAGCGGAGUUCCCCACCUGCCGGUAGCCCAGGAAAUGGAGCAGCCCAACCCACGUGCCCGGCCUCCCGCCCCUGACUUCACUUGAUAACAAACCAGAAACUGAAACAGGGUCGGGAUGCCGGCUCGGAGUUAGAGAUGAGUCACUGCUGAGAGCGGCUGCAGUAGCUGAGCAGUGGCAGCAGAGAGGCAGACGUGAGCUGAGGGCCCAGAGGCAGGCAGCAUCUCUGAGGGUUCCCAAGGAACAUGGCUGGCAGCCGUGAGGUGGUGGCCAUGGACUGCGAGAUGGUGGGACUGGGGCCUCUCCGGGAGAGCGGCCUGGCUCGUUGCAGCCUCGUGAACGUCUACGGUGCUGUGCUGUACGACAAGUUCAUCCGGCCUGAGGGAGAGAUCACCGACUACAGAACCCGGGUCAGCGGGGUCACCCCUCAGCACAUGGUGGGGGCCACACCAUUUGCUGUGGCCAGACUGGAGAUCCUGCAGCUCCUGAAAGGCAAGCUGGUGGUGGGUCAUGACCUGAAGCACGACUUCAAGGCGCUGAAAGAGGACAUGAGUGGCUACGCCAUCUAUGACACGUCCACCGACAUGGUGCUGUGGCGUGAGGCCAAGCUGGACCACUGUAGGCGCGUCUCCCUGCGGGUGCUGAGCGAGCGCCUCCUGCACAAGAGCAUCCAGAACAGCCUGCAUGGACACAGCUCAGUGGAAGAUGCGAAGGCAACGAUGGAGCUCUACCAAAUCUCCCAGAGAAUCCGAACCCGCCGAGGGCUGUCCCGCCUGGCUGUGUCAGACUGAAGCUCCGUGCAGCCCGUUCCCCAAGGACUAGAGGCUUUCGGCUUUUUGGGACAUCAACUACCUUGCUUUUGGAAAAUACAUUUUUAAUAGUAAAGCGGCUCUGUGUUUUCUCUACGCCA